GCGGGCGGCGGCUCGGCCGCUCGCGGGCUGGCACGGAGCGGAGCGGCCGUCGGCCACGGCGGAGCGAUGAUCCGCCGGGAAGACACUGAACGGGCAGUGGAAAUUCUGACCAGAUACCAAAGCACCCUGCGGUCCCCGGAGGAGCAGGAGUUAAAAGCCUCCAUUGGAAAAGUUUCGCACAUCUUCCAAAGUGAACUCUUCCAGGCUCUGCUGGAUAUCCAUGAAUUCUACGAUUUCACGCUGCGCUCUGCACCCGAGCAGUCUCCGAGCCUGGAUUCACGUCAUGGCACAGCCAGGGAACAGCUUGGGGACAGCGAGCCCACCUCCACAGUCACACCCAGAGAGCCCCAAACCCUGCCUGAGGGCUGCUCCUGGGACCGUGAGCAGAGGCUCACCAUGGGGGACAGCGCUGCGGGGACAGCGCCACGGCUGGUCAGGGUGACAGCACGGCGGACAGAGGCACCAGCCAGUGUGUGCAGCCUGGUGCUCAGCUCUCACAGCACCCUGCCCCAGGCCAACCCCGCUCCCAUUAUGGUGAACACUGACUCGCUGGAACAAGGGCUCUCUAUGAAUGGCAGUGAUGGGAUGUUCAAGUAUGAAGAGAUUGUCUUGGAAAGGGGGAACUCCGGCCUUGGAUUCAGCAUAGCGGGAGGCAUCGACAACCCCCACGUUCCAGAUGACCCGGGCAUCUUCAUCACCAAGAUCAUCCCCGGGGGAGCAGCAGCCAUGGAUGGCCGUCUAGGGGUGAACGACUGCGUGCUGCGGGUGAACGACGUGGACGUGUCUGAGGUGGUGCAUAGCAAAGCAGUGGAGGCCCUGAAGGAGGCCGGCCCCGUGGUGCGGCUCGUGGUGCGCCGCCGGCAGCCCCCGCCAGAGACCAUCAUGGAGGUCAACCUCAUGAAGGGCCCCAAAGGCCUGGGGUUCAGCAUUGCAGGGGGCAUUGGGAACCAGCACAUCCCUGGGGACAACAGCAUCUACAUCACCAAGAUCAUCGAGGGAGGCGCUGCCCAGAAGGACGGGCGCCUGCAGAUCGGGGACCGGCUGCUUGCGGUGAACAACACCAACCUGCAGGACGUGCGGCACGAGGAGGCCGUGGCUGCCCUGAAGAACACCUCUGACAUGGUGUACCUGAAAGUGGCCAAGCCUGGCAACAUCCACCUCAACGACAUGUACGCGCCCCCCGACUACGCCAGCACCUUCUCAGGCUUGGCUGACAACCACAUAAGCCAUAACUCCAGUCUGGGCUACCUGGGCAGCGUUGAGAGCAAGCCUGCCUAUCCCCUCCCUGCCCAGGUGACUCCGUCCCGGUACUCGCCCAUCCCUCGGCACAUGAUUGGAGAUGAUGACUUCACCAGGGAGCCCCGGAAAAUCAUCCUGCACAAAGGCUCCACCGGCCUGGGCUUCAACAUCGUUGGGGGGGAAGAUGGUGAGGGGAUCUUUGUGUCCUUCAUCCUGGCUGGAGGCCCGGCUGACCUCAGCGGGGAGCUGCGGAGGGGAGACCGGAUCCUUUCGGUGAAGUACAGCCGCUUCGAGUCCAAGAUCCACGACCUGCGGGAGCAGAUGAUGAACAGCAGCAUGAGCUCGGGCUCGGGCUCGCUCCGCACCAGCGAGAAGAGAUCGCUCUACGUCCGAGCCCUGUUUGACUAUGACCGGACCAGGGACAGCUGCUUGCCCAGCCAGGGGCUCAGCUUCUCCUACGGGGACAUCCUGCACGUCAUCAACGCCUCGGAUGACGAGUGGUGGCAGGCCAGGCUGGUGACAGCCCACGGCGAGAGCGAGCAGAUCGGGGUCAUCCCCAGCAAGAAGAGGGUGGAAAAGAAGGAGAGAGCACGGUUGAAAACAGUGAAGUUCCACGCCAGGACUGGCAUGAUUGAGUCCAACAGGUCGAUCAAAACGAAACGUAAAAAGAGUUUCCGCCUCUCUCGAAAGUUCCCAUUUUACAAGAGCAAAGAGAACCUGGCCCAGGAGAGCAGCGGACAGGAACAGGGCGUGACAUCAAACACCAGUGACAGCGAGAGCAGUUCCAAAGGACAAGAGGACACCAUCCUGUCGUACGAGCCAGUGACGCGGCAAGAAAUUCACUAUGCCAGGCCAGUGAUCAUCCUGGGCCCGACCAAGGACAGAAUUAACGACGACCUCAUCUCGGAAUUCCCUCACAAGUUUGGUUCCUGCGUGCCCCACACCACCAGGCCUCGGCGUGACAACGAGGUGGACGGCCAGGACUAUCACUUUGUGGUGUCCAGGGAGCAGAUGGAGAAAGACAUCCAGGACAACAAGUUCAUAGAGGCUGGGCAGUUCAAUGACAAUCUCUAUGGCACCAGCAUCCAGUCCGUGCGGGCGGUGGCAGAGCGGGGGAAGCACUGCAUCCUGGAUGUGUCUGGCAAUGCUAUCAAGAGGUUGCGACAAGCACAACUUUAUCCCAUUGCCAUUUUCAUCAAACCUAAAUCCAUUGAAGCCCUCAUGGAGAUGAACCGGAGACAGACAUAUGAACAGGCCAACAAGGUCUUUGACAAAGCCAUGAAACUUGAGCAAGAGUUUGGAGAAUAUUUUACAGCCAUCGUACAAGGAGACUCUCUUGAAGAAAUUUACAGCAAAAUCAAACAGAUCAUUGAGGACCAGUCCGGGCACUACAUCUGGGUCCCGUCCCCAGAGAAACUCUGAAGAUGUCUCCCUCCUGCUUCCCUGUGAGCAGAAGAUCUCUGAAGUCCCACCCAUCCGAGCCCUCUGCCCCGAGGGGGAGGGAUAUGAAAACUAUUCCUGCUCCCUUUUUUAGAUCGUCGCAAAAUUGAGUUUUCUAGUCCUGUUUCUUUUGUUGGGAUGAACUCAUAUCAUUCAUCACGUGACUGUUCCCACCAUUCCUGCAUGGACCUUCCCACUGCUCCAGUAGAGACAGACGAAAACCCAUUCAAGGUUGUUUUUUUAUUAUUAUUAUUCUAUUAUUAUUAUUAUAUUAUUAUUAUUAUUAUUAUUAACUAAACGAAGAAUCAAGAUGGGAGGAGGCAGCUAAGGACUAAUGUAAGAAGACAAGUGAAACAAUGGACUCUGAACACAUGAGCUGGUAUCAGAGCUCCAGGGGCAUUUUUCCAAGUGUGACCGUCUAGCAGCUCUGAACAGUGCGACAGAUGGGGCAGCAGAAAGCAUUUUAUUUAUCUGUAUAUGUAAUUUAUAUAUAAUAUAGAGGAGAGAUAUUAUAUAUAUAUUAUAUAUAUAUAUGUAUGUGGACUAGGAAAUCUGAGGGACCUCUCUGGAAAGGUGUUGUAUUAUUGCAAGGUUCUCUCAGUUCCUCUGUCCCGAGCACUCGGCGCAGGGAGUCCACUUGGGCAGGAAGAGCUCAAACGGUACCAGGUGCUUUGGAAACUUCUCCCAUGCAGGCCAGUUCCCUGCAGCCCCCCUGGGUCUGAGACAGGCCAGAGACUGGUACAGCCUGUGCAGGAGGGACCAGAACAAGGAGCAGCAGCUGGCCUGCAAGAGGCUGGGAGACAGAGACUGAGCAGGAGGCUGCGGAGCAAGAGAAUGGAUGAUGCUACAUAUUAAAUUGCACAUUGUUUUACACAUCACCUUAUGUGUUUGCAUGAGAGGUUUCCUUUUGGUUCUAUUUUUUUAAGCUGAUUUUAAACCAAAACCAUAUUGUGUUGUUGUGUUGGCUUUUUUAAUUAUUAUUAUAAUUAUUAUUAUAAUUAUUAUUCCAUUUUUCUCUUGUCAAUGAUGAACUGAAUGGGUAUAAAAUCCAGUUUUUUAACUUAUUUUUUAAGCUGGCUCUAUUGUAAAUAGAAUCUAGAUCUGUGGUGUUUAGUUAAGAAAUACUUUACUGGCCACAUGGAACAAAUGUACUCACUGUCCUGUGUUGCUGUGAAAAACCUGGGAUGUUGGACUGGCCCUGUACCUGUGGGUGCAGGUGGAAUGACCCAUUCUGGCUGUGGCAGCACACUGGCAUUCCCUUCUACAUUAGCCACUGGCAGGAAAAGCCCCCAGCUGUGCCUUGGAUGGACACUCCCAUUUUGCAGCUCAGUGACAGAUUAAACCCUUCUGUGUCCCCUGCUCCGUGCCAGUUCCUGGCCCUGCUGUGUGCCCGUGCCAGGGCUGGCUGUCCCGGGAGGGGCCCUCCCUGCAGCAGAGGUGACUGCACGGCCACCGUGCCUGGCUCUGACAUUCUGUGGGAAUCUGUGGCUGGAGCUGGAUUCUGCUGCCUCCCCCAGCCACUCCAGAGCCCUGGAGUGCUGCCCCAGCUGGCAGCUGAGGGCAGAGGCUGCAGAGCUGCCCCAUGCCCUGGGCACUGGCAUUUUUCAGGAGAGGCACAGGGACACUUGGCCCUAAGCUGAGACAUGUCUGUCUUUGAGGACACUUUGUGCUUGAGUGGGGCUCCAGGCCCUUGUGUGGAGCUGGGGACACUCUCGUGGCCUUUGAGCAGUGUGUGCUGGGUUCUCAGAGUCCAGGUCCCAGCGCUCUCACCUUACCCAGAGCUGUGGAUGCUGUUCCUCACACAGCACAGUGCCACCCACAGCACAGGAGGUCGCUGUCCAAGCACGCCCAGGUAAGUCUCCUCCUGCCCCUGCUUGGCAGGGAUGGGCUGUGGUCCUUGUCCCCGAGGUGAUGGCUCUGUGUGUGUGUCAGUCAGUGCCACUGUCCCUGUGCUGCCUGGGGAGGAGCCUCUCUGCCCACCCUGCAUCCCGAGGAGCCCUGCAGGGACCCAGCAGCUUCUGGGGCCAGGAGGGCUCUGCAGCAGCCCCAGCUGUGAGCACAGUGGAGGGCAGGAGGGUUCUGCUGUCGCUGGGACCGACCCUAAAGGAGCACACAGAACUUUGGCAAUGGGUUCCUGCCGGGCAUCCAGCCCCUGCCCCGCUGGUCCUGCUCCAGCUGCUAUAAAUGUCGGUCCCUGAAGAAGUGGAGUAAGUGAAACAAAAGUCCUUAAGGUGCUAGUCACACAUUCCUAUCUUUUGUCUUUUUUUUUUUUCUUUUCUUUUUUCUGGUUUUUCCUAAUAGCCUGUCUCCCUCUCUCGAGUCACGUGGAGAAAAGAUGAUGUACUCCAUGGCAUAGCUGACAGUACUGAAUCAAUCAUGACAACAGUAGUUGGUUAACAGUGUUUCUUCCAAGGAGACAUAUAUUUUUAAUAAACAGAGAGUUGCAAAGAACUCUUGUCUUUGA